AUGCUGACAAAUAAGAAAAAGUCUACGAGCUUUUCGUCGACUCGAAACCUUAAUCAGCUGCUUAAUGUUAAACCUGUCGAUGAUUCGUGGUAUAGUAGUGAUCGCGACAUAAUCCGAAUAAUUGCUUUUCAAACAAACUCUUGUCAUCAUACAUCAAUGUACGUUUUAUAAACUGUAUAUAAAUUCGUUCAAUAUUCACAUUCGUCAAGCAAUAAGAAAACUCACUUCUUAAGUGAUAGUAUUCGCCCAAUAAGUGCAAAAAAAUUUCUUGAAUUAGAAAAAAUUUUGUCAUCGUAUAUAAAAUUAGCAAUUUCGACAGGAUAUAAAAAUGGAAAUGGAAAUUUUAAACGACAAUUAUUACGCUCCAAUGGACAAACAUUGUCCAAAGAUCGAUUUCUCUUACUUUUUCAAUUCGUCGAUCAAACUACGUGGUGAUAAUUAUUUGAAGCAUAUUGGAGAUUUAGCUUUCAAUGCUGGUAGUAAUGCUGCCAAGUUUUCCAAUGGAGAUCCCAAUCCGGAAUGUUCGCCUUAUCAAGGUGUCACAGUCCACUUGAAAAAUGGUCAAUCUUUCCAAAUUAAUGGCAAAGUAUUGGAUGAUGCUUUGAGUUACAUGACCAUCAAAGGAUAUCGUCCAUUCAUUGACUUGCUAAAAGAUUACCAAGACGAAUUACACGGUAAACAAAACUGGAAUGUAAAAGGCAUCACUACUACCUCAGGAAGUCAAGCAGCACUUUAUCAAAUAGUAGAAAUGUGUGUUUCACCAGGGGACCCAGUAUUAGUACAAAGUCCUCUUUAUCCUGGAGUUCUGAGCAUUCUCCAGCAUUUGCAAGUGGAAUACUUAGAAGUGGAAAGCGAUGAAUAUGGAGUAUCCGCAAGGCACCUGGAAACAAUAUUAUUUGAUCGUAAAGUUAAAGGAUUCCUGAUGCCAAAGGUAUUCUAUUUGAAUCCAACGGGUACCAAUCCAACAGGAGGAAUUGUUCCAUUGAAUAGAAAAAUAGAAAUAUAUAAAAUAUGUAGCCAUUUUAACGUAUUAAUAUUGGAAGAUGACCCCUAUUUUCUUCUCACCUAUAAAGAUGAAAUUCCCAGCAGCUUUCUAUCGUUAGACAUUGAAAACAGAGUUGUUCGAUUUGAUUCAUUUUCAAAAACCCUGGGUGCUGGUUUCAGAGUAGGCUAUGUUACUGCUGCUGAAGAAAUAAUCGAAAAGUUGAACUUAAUAAAAGGAUCUUCUGCGAUGGCAUCUCCAUUUACUCAGGUCAUAUUACAUUACACCCUCGAAUCGAUGAAAUUCGAAGGCUUCCUACAACAUAUGCGAUACAUCAGCGGAUUUUACCGAAAAAAUUGCGAAAAAGUGCUUAAUUCGCUCGAUAAGUACAUGCAUGGUCUAGCCACAUGGAACGUUCCAGAAGGCGCUAUGUUCGUAUGGCUUACCAUAAACGAUAUCGAUCACAUAUCGGACGAAUUUAUUCAAAAAUGUAUCGAGAAUUUGGUUUUUAUCUGUCCUGGUUUCGUAUUCUACGGAAAGGAAAGACAAAGCCCUUGCAUUCGACUGGCAUUCUCGACCGUAAACGAAAAUCAAAUAGAACAGGGCAUCAAAGUAUUAAGCUAUUUGAUCAGAGAAGAGUUGAUGAAAAAUUGCCCAAAUUGGACUUGAAAAGCUUAACAGGAUUUUAUCAUUUUCUUGCAAAGUACCGUAAAAUACUCGUUACACGUAAUGCUCGUAAUUAUAAUACUCGUAUAAUUAGCCUAUUUAUUAAAAUUAAGACAAUAUGUUUUAAUUAUCGUGAUAAGAUAUUUAAUAGAAAAAAUAA